AUGUCCGCUGUGACCAAUCAGCCUCUUCCCUAUGGCCGACUGGAGCGAGAGAAUCACAUCCGCGUGAUUUUCCGAGCCUUCCAGAACAAAUGCAACCCUACGUGCGAGUGCCACCCUCACUCGCCGGGAUGCAAAUCUCUCCAAAUUUCUGGCAAGCAAGUUCCGCUAAGGAGCGAGGAGUGCGCGGGAGGCUCGUCAAACUCUUUGAAUGUACUGGAUGAAGUCAGUCAGUUUCAUAUUACUGCAAGACCCCAACUUCAGGGUCCACAGUGUGUUCCGCAAAGGAUCUACAGCAUUGCCACGGGAGCCAGCAGAUCCCAAUUGUUCGUGGUCGUGGAAGAGAGUUCGUGCGAGUGCCUUCAAUGUUGCGGCCCAGCUCGCUCUUGCUCAUUGCAGGGCUUCGACCACCAAGGCCACCAGAUGUUCUACUUGGACAGACCUCUCAGGAUGGACGCAUGCUGCCUCGGCUGCUGUCUCAUGGAAAUUAGCGCCUACACGGGUCAGAAGCAACUCAUCGGGACCGUGUACCAAAGGUGGAGCAUGUUCACGCCUCUCUUUGAAAUCAAAGACUCCCAGGGAGUUUGUGUUGUCCGAAUCCAGGGCCCGUGUUGCCCGACACGCUGCUUGUCAAAUCAGCAAUUCCAGAUUGUCUCCAAUAUGGGUGAGAACAUCGGCACCAUAUGGAAGAAAUGGCCUGGCUUCCACCAAGAGCAUAACAUGGACCAUGAGUAUUUUGGGAUGGAGGUGCCACUUGACAUGGAUUCACAAACCAAACUUUUGCUACUUGCAGCCACAUUUUUACUGAAUUACAUGUUCUUUGAGAUGAGCUGA